GCAGAAGCCAUGGUGCUGUGUCGUGUGCCAAGAUGGUCUGUGGGCCUCUGGGCCUCUCCAGGGUGGUGGAGGACAACGUGUACUCUCAGAGCCUUGGUGCGGCCGAAGAGGGGGCCAGGGUGCCCUGGGGGAGCGUCUGGCCCCCUGGCUUGCAGCAUGUCCUCCAAAGUGUCCUCCUGCACCCCUGAGGUGAUGCUGACCCAGGAGCGCUACCCUGUGCAGCGGCUGCCAUUCUCUGUGGUGUCUGAGGAGGACCUGGCAGCUUUUGAGCGCAUUGUCCCCGGCAGAGUUGUCACAGACCCAGAAGAACUGGAGGUGUCUAAUGUGGACUGGCUGAGGACAGCCCGAGGCUGUAGCAAGGUGCUGCUGCGACCCCGGACGUCGGAGGAGGUGUCCCGCAUCCUCAGGUACUGCCACGAGAGGAACCUGGCCGUGAACCCACAGGGUGGAAACACAGGUUUGGUGGGGGGCAGCGUCCCUGUCUUUGAUGAAAUCAUCCUGUCCACUGCCCUCAUGAACCAGGUCACCAGCUUCAACAGUGUGUCUGGAAUCCUGACCUGCCAGGCAGGGUGUGUGCUGGAGGGACUGAGCCGGUAUGUGCAGGAGCGGGACUUCGUCAUGCCGCUGGACUUGGGAGCCAAGGGCAGCUGCCACAUUGGGGGCAACGUGGCUACCAACGCGGGCGGCCUGCGGUUUCUGCGAUACGGCUCCCUGCAUGGGACUGUGCUGGGCCUGGAAGUGGUGCUGGCUGAUGGCACUGUCCUGGAUUGCCUGACCUCCCUGAGGAAGGACAACACAGGCUAUGACCUGAAGCAGCUGUUCAUUGGGUCGGAGGGCACCCUGGGGGUCAUCACCGCUGUGUCCAUCUUGUGCCCGCCCAGACCCAAGGCUGUGAAUGUGGCUUUUCUUGGCUGUCCUGGCUUUGCAGAGGUUCUGCAGACCUUCAGCACCUGCAGGGGGAUGCUGGGGGAGAUCCUGUCUGCCUUCGAGUUCAUGGAUGCCGAGUGCAUGCAGCUGGUCCAGCAGCAUCUCCACCUGGCCAGCCCAGUGCAAGAGAGUGCCUUCUACCUCCUGGUCGAGACCUCUGGCUCCAGCACAGGGCAUGACGCCGAGAAGCUGGGCUGCUUUCUGGAGCGGGUGCUGGGCUCAGGCCUGGUGACUGAUGGCACCGUGGCCACAGACGAGAGCAAAGCCCAGGCGCUGUGGGCCCUGCGGGAGAGGAUAACGGAGGCGCUGAGCCGGGAUGGCUAUGUGUACAAGUAUGACGUGUCUCUCCCCGUGGAGCGACUCUAUGACCUGGUGACUGACCUGCGUGCCCGCCUUGGCUCACAAGCCAGGCAUGUGGUGGGCUAUGGCCACCUGGGGGAUGGUAACCUGCACCUGAACGUGACGGUGGAUGCCUUCAGCGCAGCACUGCUGGACACCAUGGAGCCCUACGUGUAUGCCUGGACGGCAGGGCAGCGGGGCAGUGUCAGUGCUGAGCACGGCCUGGGCUUCAGGAAGAGGGACGCCCUUCGUUACAGCAAGCCGCCCCCUGCUGUGCAGCUCAUGCAGCAGCUCAAGGCCCUGCUGGACCCCAAGGGCAUACUGAACCCCUACAAGUUGCUGCCCACCCAGGCCUGACGGGGCCCCACUGUGGUGUGCAGCCAGGAAAGACCACCCCCUGCUGGAGAGAUCAGGAACCAACUCUGGGUUAAGGUACAGGACUCCCGGGCAGGCCUCUCCUUGCCGCUCGCUGCUCUGUGGGGUGAGCAGAGCAGAUGGAGCUGCCAGGGUCUGCUGACCCUUUUGCCUGCUGUCAGCUUAUCCUAAACAGGCCCGCUGUGUGGGCGGGUGUCCUGCUCCAUGGCCAGUCCCUCUGGCUCCAGCUGGCCUGCUCUAGCCCUUGUGGAGUGUGCCCAUAGAGGCCGUGGGCAGGGCUGACGAGCCCCAAGGAACCACAUUACCAUGAUGACCUGGAGUGCUGGGUGUUGGGUGGACCUGGCCAUUGGGUUGAGCAGGCCUGGGACUGGUGACGAGGUCAUUCUUUUCUAGAAGGCCUCAGGCUGGAGAUGCCUCACCUGGCUCUGCUUCUCAGGCAGCGUUGGGGCUGAGGGGCCUGGUACAGAGGUGCCGCACUCGAGGAGGCCCCUGCGGUCCUGGCUCUGCAGCUGGCUGACCUGUGGUCCCUGGGCAGUGUGGGAGGUUGGACACAUACUUUCUUCUUCUGUCUGUUGUGAAUCUCCAGUAAAAAGUGAAGUAAUCACA